AUGAAUCAACACCAGCAACAACAACCAUCAUCAUUAUCACAAUCAAAUUCGAGGUUUAUCGCUCAUAGUACUGGUGGUCAAAUUAAUAUUACAAUGAAUGCAAAUAACAACAGCAAUAACAACAACAACAAUGGAACAUCAUCGGCAAGAGUAAAUUCCAAUAGCAGUGGUGGUACGAGUAGUAGUGGAGGAUCAAGAAAGAAGCAGCCUCAACCAUCCCAAUUCUAUGGCACCAAAGACACUACCCCCAUGACUUCAUCGGGAGCAGGAAAGGGAUCAUCAUCGCACGAAGGCAAAGGUAUGAUGAUUACAUCUCCAAAGCCCACGUACAAAAGUCUAGUUUCCAAACCCAACGUUCAAAUCAAAGGUACUCCACAAAUAUUGGCACCAAAGAGAGGUCAAACCGAACCACAAGUACCAUCUAAUGGUAUAAGCACUUCAGCAACAACAACUACUCCGGGAGGUAUUCAAUUGUUACAAAAGCCAACAAGUGGUACAGCACCCAAGGGUACUGCAAACACUUCUCAAACCUCUUCACAAACACAUUUAGGAGAUAUUAUAAGCCAGAAUUAUACUUCGGCCAAUGUGACGCAAGCAGUAAACAUUGCCACAAGAGCCGUAUCCUCCAAAGAGUUGAAUGGAGGUCAACUCGAGGCAAACAAACCAAGUACAUCAUCAGUUGCAGCACUAAAGCUUCCAGAUCAUCCCAUUAUUCAAGGAUUUACCGACAAGGGACUAAGUCUUAUUCACGAAAUUGCUUCGGGAUCAUUUAAUAGUAUUCUGGAAUUGCAAUCCAAUCACCUACAACAACUUGCAAAUCUAUUCCCAAACGACAAGCAAUUAUCUACUGAAAGCAAUAACUAUUCCGUUAUUGGAGUUAUUGGUAAGCAAGGAAGUGGUAAAUCUCUUCUUUUAAAUUCUCUCAUUGGGAAUAGAGAGGUUUUUGCUGUUGAAGAUGUGGAGUGCUUUCUGGAUUGCAAAUAUAAGACCAGUGGAGUUGACAUUUAUAGAACUUCAGAUCAGCAAAUAUUUAUUGAUACCCAACCUUUGUUUGCUUCUCAAGUUCAACAUCCAACGAGCGGCAGUGGCUACUAUUCCACAUCUGGACACAGUAUGGGACUCACUUCUAGCGGAUCUAAGUCAUUUGAGCCCUCUGUUGAGGCGGUAUCAAUUGCUGCAUUAGAGAGUUUUGUUGACAUUACUAGUCUUCAAAUUGCGUUAUUUGUGUUCAGUGUUGCACAUGUCGUUAUUGUCAUGUUGGAUCAUCAAUCAGAUGCGCUUGAACAAUUCAAAAUGUUUCAAUUUAUUCAAACAAUUAGAAUGUUACAGCAAGGAGUACCAAGCAUUACUCAGUGUGGAAAGGUUUCUUCCUCUGCAGCAGCUACUCUUGAAGGACAUGUUCCUGAAAUUGUUUUUGUUUUCAACAAGGUACAACCUAGGGAUAUGAGCGAAUUGAAUAUUAAGCACAUGCAAGCAUUGCUUGAUUCGUACUUUUCGAGUACAUACUUUAGAAAAAACGGCCAUAUCCAUCCACAUAUGUGGCAUCACAAUUUUAAGAAAAACGAAACUGUGAAUUUCUUUAUGAUUCCCUUUACAUCUAAGAAGAUUGAAGACAUUGCGGAAUCUUUUAAUAUUCUAAAGAAAGGUAUUCACACCAUGCCAAAACCAGUCUUCAAGAAAAUGUCUCAAGCAGAAUGGUUUAGUAGCACCGUUAGAAAUUUCGAGGUGAUAAAGAAGAGCUAUUUCCUUCAGGAGUAUAUUCGUAAAAUAACAAGCAGUAUGUCUGUGCAUAAUUGA